UCAAAUUUUUGAAAUCUAAACGUCAUUUCAAUGUCUUAGCUCCAUUUCCUUUUCUUAUACAAUAAUAAGAUGUGAUUCAGACUUCCAUUUAGAAAAGAAAAAGGUCAAAUCGGGCAAUUUGCGAAUGAUGUUAAAAACCAGUAGUGUAUUUAAUUCACAGACAUAUUUAUAAAAGCCUCAUCAUGGAUUGUAAAACUAAAAUUCACAAAGAUUUCAGAUACAAUGAUCCACAUGAAUCUUGCACAGAAUGUAGGAAACACAUUCAAAAUAAAGAGAGAAUUGGCAACAUCCAGGAAAUGAUGCAAACUCAAAAUCGGGUUUUAAAAUCGAUGCUACUAGAACUUCUAGAAGAAUUGCGAAAAUCAUCAAUGGAGAAAGUUGCAAAUCCGUGUGCGGAAGAGGAAAGAUCAUCGGAUGCAAUGAAGAGGGAAUUGAAGAAACUCCAAAAAGAAAACAAGAAAAUAAAAGAUAAUUUAUGUAAAAAGCAGGCCAAUUUAGCAAAAUGUUUAGAUGUACUAGAAAAUAAUAAUUGUGAAAUAGAUAAGUUAUCGAAACAUAUUGAAGUCCUUUGUUCGGAAAGAGAUAAAUUUAGAGAUCAAUUGAAACGAUUACAAUGCGUUAUUAACAAAAAAGAUAAAACAAUUUCUAGUUUGAAGCAAAAAGAUGUCAAUAAUAGAGCUAUGAUGUUGGGAAGAGAAGAGCCUGCACAAAACGUUAAUUGCUUGAAACAACAACUAGAAAAUGAGAUGCACAAGAACGAAAAGAGCCAAAAUAAUCAAUCAAUCAAACACCAGAAUUUAGAUGCUCAAGAUUUUGAUGGAUUAGUUAGAAGGUUACAGUCUGCAGAGAAAGAUUUAGAAGCGUCUAAUUUGGAGUUAUUAGAAUAUGAAGAAGAGAAUCGCUGCUACUGUCAAAAAAUUGAUUCCCUACUAAAAACCAUAAAGUGUUUAAAAGAAUCUAAGCUGAGAUCAGAUGAAGAUAAAAAAGAGUAUUUUGAGAGAUUAAAUGAUAUGCGGAACGAAUUUCAAGAAAUGUACGAACAAAAAAACAAAACCAUAGAAGAGCUCAACAAAAAGUUACAAAUGCGUAACUAUUCGGAAGGUGAUAAUAAAACAGAAAUUGCGAAAAAAGAUUUGCAAAUAAAAUAUCUCAACGAAAAAUUAUUUUGUUUAGAUAAUGAGCAUAAGCGAUGUCAAAUAAUGGAAACUAAAUACAAAGAUUGUCAGUUAAAGUUCGAAUGUUUUUUCAAACAAAUCAAAUCAUUACAAAAAUUCUUAAGUGAAAUAUAUUGCAAAUUGGAUUUUUGCGAUAAAACAAUAAGAGAUUUGAAAGACAAAAACAAACUUUUGGAAAAAAAAAUUUCGAGUUUAGAAUCUAUCUUAGACACAAAAUCAAAUGGAGCGAUCCACGUGGACGUAAUAAUAGAAGAAUUACAGUGCAUCAAUACAAAGUUACAGAAACAACUGAGUAACAAAGAAAGCAUAAUAACUAGUCUUGAAGAAUGUCUAGAUAAAAGCAACGAGAUAUUGGUCAACUGCGAGAAAGAGAUGAAUUUAAUCGAACAGCGGAAUUCGAAAUUUCAAAGGGAAAUGCGUUAUAUAAAAAGUAAACUAGAAGGGGAACUGAUUCAAAAUCAGUGCCUAGCAAUAAAAUGUAACAUAUUAAAUAAAAAUCAAAAUAAUUGCUUCGGAAAUAUCUAUGAAGAUAUAGAAAAAUUCAAGUCGGAGUACAAGAAUUUGUUAGCGGAAGCUGUUGCCAAAAAGCAAGAUCUGAAACAUAUUAAAACAGAAUUAGUUGAUUGUUUUGAUAGAGCCCAGGAUUUGUCCAGAAAUAGGGAAUGCUCAAGGGUAGUUCGUCCACAAUUAACUUCAGGAAAAUCAUAUUUCCCAAGCUGUACGUGUAGUCACAUAGAUUCUGGUCAAGUGAAAACAAUUAGGAAAGGCAAACAUAGAUCAAGAAGUACAUCACCGCAUAAAAAGCCGAAUCAAAGAUGUAGAAGCUGCCCCGAAAAAAAAGUUGAUUACAUAAAUUUACAAAGAGCACCUAGUACACCAAACAUUCAAAAAUCCAGAAGAAAAAAUACAAAAUGCUCGACAAAAAGUCAAACAAAAUGCUCGUAUCAAUCCUCCUUUGAAAGUCCGGAUUUAGAAAGGUUACCGAAAAGCGUCAAAAGUCUGAUUGAAUAUAAGAACAAAAAAAAUCAAAUAAGAACUAUUAGAAGUGAUAGCAAUUUGGAAACAAUAACCAUUAGAAUAUUCAAUGGGACCACAGAAAGAUGUACAUCGAAUUGUAAUUGUAAAUGUAUGACGGUUAUCACCAAAAGAUAUGAGAAAGAUAGAAUAAAUAAGAACUAUUGCGAACACUGUUGAAAAUAUAUGGUAGAUGAAGUACGAAGUAUUUCUUGUCCCUUGUCAUAAACUGCUUUUCACUGAAUUUGUUCUAAAGGAAAUAAAAGUAACCAUUCGCAUAAA